AUGUUACCUCUUCUGAGAAAUAGUAGAGGUGCAUUAUCAUUAUCAUUACCAAGAUCGAAUAAAUCAAUCAUCACCUUCACCUCCACUUCAACCUUCCAACAUUCAAAACGACUGCUCAGCGUUCCUUCCGCACGAUCCAUCAUUAAUACGGACAAAAGACGCCUGCCGCUGAAGAUCGAAAGUGGACUGCAACACAAAGUAGAGGUCAUUUCAUCACCAACCCGAUUGAAUAGAAGAGGUUACGCUUCUGUCGCUUCUGUCGAUCCUAAAACACAUUUACCAAAAAAUCCAAUAAUGUCAUCACCUUAUUCACCGUGUCCACCAAUCCCCAAAGCUACUGGACCUGUCAAUCUCAUCUUACCACCAACAGAGGAUAGAUCACAUAAAUAUUUUACCCUGCAGAAUGGUUUGGAGGUUAUAGUGGUUUCAGAUGUAAAAGCGGAUAAAGCUGCUGCUUCCAUGGAUGUCGGCGUGGGUCAUUUAAGUGAUCCGGUGGAUUUACCGGGUUGUGCACAUUUCUGUGAACAUCUUCUUUUUAUGGGUACUAAAUCAUACCCCUCGGAAAAUGCUUAUCAGCAAUUCCUUACUUCCCACAAUGGUCAUUCCAACGCUUGGACAGCUAUGACCUCUACUAACUAUUUCUUCGACGUUGCUCCUGACGCUUUAGAAGGUGCUUUAGAUAUGUUUUCUGGAUUCUUCGUCGAGCCUUUGUUCAAUGAGGACUGUACAGAACGUGAGAUCAAAGCUGUUGACUCGGAACAUAAGAAGAAUAUCCAAAACGAUGUUUGGCGAUUCUUCCAACUUGAGAAAUCAUUAUCAAAACCAAAUCAUCCUUAUGGGAAAUUCGGUACAGGUAAUUAUGAGACAUUAUGGUCAAAACCCAAAGAAGCAGGAAGGGAUCCACGUAAACAAUUAAUUGAAUGGUGGGAAAAAGAAUAUUGUGCAAGAAGAAUGAAAUUGGCUAUUGUUGGUAAAGAAGAUGUUGAAACUUUGGAAAAAUGGGUCAAAGAAAGAUUCGAGAAAGUUCCAAUUAGAACUGAAGGUAAAUCUGAUACUGGAUCUGAUGGUGUAAGAAUCACUUUUGAAGAAAGUCCUUUCGGUGAAGAACAAGUUGGUGAAUUCACCUUCGCUAAACCUGUCAGAGAUAUGAGAGGUCUAGAAAUCACUUUCCCCUUCCCUGACCUCGAUCACCUCUAUCAAAGUAGGCCCACACACUUCCUUGCACAUUUCCUUGGUCAUGAAGGUAGAGGGUCCAUCUUAUCUUACCUGAAAAAGCGCGGAUGGGUAAAUUCCCUUCGAGCGGGAAAUCAUCAUGACGCUGCUGGAUUCUCAUUGUUCAAAGUUACGGUUGAUUUGACUCCAGAAGGUCUUGAACAUUACAAAGAUGUCGCACUGGUGAUAUUCAAGUAUAUUUCCCUUUUACGAUCCAAACCGCCUUCAGAAGAAGCUUUCAAUGAAAUCAAAGCGAUUGCAGAUAUAUCAUUCAAAUUUGCAGAAAGAGGAAGAACUUCAUCAUAUUGUGCAAACUUAUCAGGAUUCAUGCAAUCUCCCGUACCUAGAGAAAAAGUCAUUUCGUCAAAAUGGUUAGUAGAAGAAUAUAAACAAGAUGAAUUAGAAGCCGCAUUGCAAUUAUUAGAUCCUAGAAGAGCAAUUAUCGGUGUAACGUGCAAGGAUGUACCUAAAGAUGUUACAGGAACCUUUGACAAAAAGGAGGCAAUCUAUGGAACGGAAUAUAAGAGAGUUAAAUUUGACAAAGAUUUCUUGACAGAGGCAAUGUCAGGAAAGAGACUUGAAGAAUUACAAUUACCUGGACCGAAUCUUUUCAUUCCCGAGAAGUUGGACGUUGAGAAAUUUGAAGUCGCCGAACCUGCCAAACGACCUAUGCUGCUGAAAGAUACCCCUGCAUCUCGACUAUGGUAUAAACGUGAUGAUCGAUUCUGGCAACCGCGUGCGAAUCUUGAUAUUCUUCUUCACACACCCAUUUUACAGACAACUCCACGAAAUGCCGUCCUCGCUCGACUUUACUGCGAUCUCUUCACCGACUCGAUAACGGAAGAUGUUUACGAUGCCGACCUCGCUGAGCUAUCUUUCAGUUUAUGGAACGAGCAUCAAUGGAUCGGUAUCUCUGCUGGAGGAUUCAGUGAUAAACUUGCUGUUUUGACUGAAACUAUGCUGCAGAAAUUCAAGAAUUUCAAGGUCGAUGAAGGACGGUUCAAGGAGGUUGUGGAAGCUACCCGACUUGAGUGGAAAAACUUUGCUUUAUCUGACCCAUAUGGCAUCGCCCUAUUCUGGGAUGCUUAUGUAUCAAGAGAAACAGCUUGGACGCAAGAGGAGAGACUGAAGGAGCUUGAGCACAUAACAUCUGCCGAUGUUGAGGCAUUCGGCAAAGAGGCGCUUUCAAGGUUGUUCAUCGAAACUUUGAUUCAUGGUAACACAACCCCAGAAGGAGCGAAAGAAAUUCAAAACAUGGUUGAAAAGGUGCUACAACCUCGUCCGUUGUCAGCAUCAGAAAUCAAAGCUCCUCGAUCGCUUGUUCCCCCUCCAUCUUCUGAACACAUCUGGGCUCUUGACGUACCUAACAAAGCCGAAGUCAACGGAGCUGUAGUAUAUCAUUUACACGUUGGAGAUCCUACAGACGUUCUAUUGAGAAAUACUUUGUCGCUAUUCAGUCAAAUAUCAUCUGAACCAGCUUUCGACGUACUACGAACCAAACAACAAUUAGGUUACAUAGUCUUUUCACACGCCUCAAGCUCAGCAGGAUCAAUGGGAUAUUCGAUUAUCGUCCAAUCUGAGAAAUCAACUGAAUUUGUGGAAAACAGAAUUGAAAGUUUCCUUGACGGGUUAAAAGAAACGAUCGAAUCGCUAUCAGAGGAAGAAUUUGAGAAACAUAAGAUCAGUUUAAUAGCUAAGAAAGAAGAGAAACCAAAGAACCUCACAGAAGAAACCAGACGAUUCUUGGGUAGAGUCAAAGAUAGAUACUACGAAUUUGGUAAACGUGAAAAGGAUGUUGAGGCAUUAAAGAAAAUUACGAAAUCAGAUAUCAAAUCUUUGUUCACCAAGUACAUCACAACCGAAUCAAAAGAAAGAUCAAAACUAUCGAUUCACUUGAAAUCGCAAUAUAAGGGACUCAAAUUUGAUCCAUCAUCAGCAGGGCCAUUAAUUGAAAAUUUCUUAAAAGCAGGUAUAACAAUUGAUCAAUCUUCAAUAAGUAAAUUACUAUCUUCAAAUCCUACAUUGGAUAUAGUUAAAUCAUUCGCCAUCUCAGCUAUUCAUAAUUCGCCUGUAACAGAUGAAGUCAAAUCUCAACUAAAAGAAACUGUAUCCAACUUGAAAGGUUCUUCUACAGACGAUAAAGCCGUAGCUGAAAAUCAAGAUCAAAUCAAGGAAGAAGGAGGUAUUAGAAAGAGUAACGUUUACAUCGAAGAUAUAAAUCAAUUCAAAGCUGGUUUGAUACCUUCUAGAGCUGCAAUCCCAGUUGAACCCAUUAAAUCAUUAGCUAAACUUUAA